GAGGGAAGGAAGGAAGGAAGCAUGUUUAUUUUCAUGAACAGAUUUGAUAUGAGUUGAUUGGUUGGUGGAUGAUGGGCUAUGGCCCUAUCACACACUACCAGAGUGAAUGGAUCCUUGAGGUGUUUGCUUUUUUACUUCGACUUUGGGCUUUGGGCUUUGACUUUGGUUUUGGCUUCACAUGCAGGGCAAGGUGGGGAAAAAAAAAUGACUCACGUGCAGCAUCCCAAAUCUAGCUCCAACUCAAAAAAAAUGCUUCAAGGCACGGAAGCUUAUUGGCCAGUUGGAUUCAUCGCCUUCUUUUGAGUUCUCAUCACACUUUCCCGCUUUCCUUUUUUCACAUCUUUCUCUCCACUCUCUC